CCGGCCCGGGCCUCCAUGAUGGAGGAGCGAGCGGCCGCCGCGGUCGCCGCCGCCGCCACCUCCUGCCGCCCGCUCGGCCCCGCCGCGGGUCCCGGCCCCACGGGUGCGGCUCCCCUCGCCGCGCCGGCCCCCGGCCCCGGCCCCGGCCCCGGCCCGGCCGUCAAAGGCGGCGGCGGCGGCGGCAGCCCCGGGCCCCCGGCGGGGCCCGAGCCCCUGAGCCUGCCCGGGAUCCUCCACUUCAUCCAGCACGAGUGGGCGCGCUUCGAGUCCGAGAAGGCCCGCUGGGAGGCCGAGCGCGCCGAGCUGCAGGCUCAGGUCGCCUUCCUGCAGGGGGAGAGGAAGGGGCAGGAGAACCUGAAGACGGACUUGGUGAGGCGGAUCAAGAUGCUGGAGUAUGCACUGAAACAGGAGAGGGCCAAAUACCAUAAACUGAAGUUUGGAACGGACCUGAACCAGGGGGAGAAGAAGCCGGAGCUCUCGGAGCCAGUCUCCAAUGGCCCCGUGGAGUCCGUUACUCUGGAGAACAGCCCGCUGGUGUGGAAGGAGGGGCGGCAGCUCCUGCGACAGUACCUGGAGGAGGUGGGCUACACUGACACCAUCCUGGACAUGCGCUGCAAGCGAGUACGUUCCCUGCUGGGCCGCACCCCGGAGCCCACUGAAGGGGGCCCCCGAGCCACGCCUGGCCCUGGGGCGCUGAGUGGCGGGGAGUCCCUGCUGGUGAAACAGAUUGAGGAGCAGAUCAAGAGGAACGCGGCGGGCAAGGACGGCAGGGAGCGCAGGGCCGGCUCAGUGCUGGAGCAGGUCCCCUUCCUGCAGAGCUGCGAGGAUGAGGACAGCGAUGAGGAUGAUGAGCUGGACAGUGGACAGCACAAGAAACAGCGCGUGAAGCUGCCGUCUAAGGCCUUGGUGCCUGAGAUGGAGGAUGAGGAUGAAGAAGACGACUCAGAGGAUGCCAUCAACGAAUUUGACUUCCUGGGCUCAGGAGAGGAUGGAGAGGGCCCGGCCGAUCCGCGGCGUUGCACAGGGGACGGCAGCCACCAUGAGCUGGAAAGCCGGCGGGUCAAACUCCAGGGAAUUCUGGCCGACCUGCGGGAUGUGGAUGGACUGCCCCCCAAAGUGACAGGCCCACCCCCCGGCACACCCCAACCCCGGCCGCAUGAAGGGUGCUUUGGCUUCUCCCCAGACGUCUUCAUCAUGGACACUAUCGGGGGCGGGGAGGUGAGCCUGGGGGACUUGGCGGAUCUCACCGUCAGCAACGACAACGACCUCAGCUGUGAUCUGUCCGACAGCAAAGACGCCUUUAAGAAGACCUGGAACCCCAAGUUCACACUGCGCUCACACUACGACGGCAUCCGCGCACUGGCCUUCCACCACAGCCAGUCGGCGCUGCUUACGGCCUCCGAGGAUGGCACACUCAAGCUCUGGAACCUGCAGAAGGCGGCUGCUGCCAAGAAGAAUGCCGCGCUGGACGUGGAGCCCAUCCAUGCCUUCCGGGCCCACAGGGGCCCGGUGCUGGCCGUGACCAUGGGCAGCGGCAGUGAGUGCUGUUACAGUGGUGGUGCUGAUGCCUGCAUCCGCAGCUGGAAGAUUCCGGACCUCAACAUGGACCCCUAUGACGGCUAUGACCCCAGCGUGCUGAGCCAUGUCCUGGAAGGCCACGGGGACGCCGUGUGGGGCCUGGCAUUCAGUGGCGCCUCCCAGCGCCUGGCAUCCUGCUCGGCCGACGGCACCGUCCGCAUCUGGGACCCCAGUGGGAACAGCCCCUCCUGCCUCUGCACCUUCCCCGCAGCCAGUGACCACGGCACCCCCACCUCAGUGGCCUUCGCCAGCACCCAGCCUGCCCAUGUCGUGGCGUCUUUCCGCUCGGGCGAUGCCGUGCUCUACGACCUGGAGUCGGCCAGUGCCCUGCUCACGCUCGAGUCCCGUGGCAGCAGUGGCCCGAUGCAGAUCAACCAAGUGGUGAGUCACCCCAGCGAGCCCCUCACCAUCACCGCCCAUGAUGACAGAGGCAUCCGCUUCCUGGACAACCGGACCGGGAAAGCCGUCCACUCCAUGGUGGCCCACCUGGAUGCCGUCAGCUGCCUGGCCGUGGACCCCAAUGGCGUGUUCCUGCUGUCGGGGAGCCACGACUGCUCCCUGCGCCUGUGGAGCCUGGACAACAAGACAUGCGUGCAGGAGAUCACGGCACACCGCAAGAAGCACGAGGAAGCCAUCCACGCCGUGGCCUGCCACCCCAGCAAGGCCCUCAUCGCCAGCGCGGGCGCCGAUGCCCUGGCCAAGGUCUUCAUCUGAUGACUGCCUGGCCCUGCCCUGGCCGCCAGGCAGGCUGUUGGCCAGGGAGCAGGGCCGGGCCAGGGGCCUGAGGUGAGAGUGCAACCUCCUCCU